AAGCGACUGUCUACACCUUAGCGUAAGAAGUGAACGACGUGUAGGUACUAAAGAAACAUAGACAUUUAAAAUGAAGCUGGCACUUAUUGUCGGUAUUGUCGCUGCAGUAUUAAUGGCCGAGGCAUCAUGCCAGUAUCCUCAUAUAAUAUAUCCUACGUACAGGCCGCCGCCACAGCGACCGAUUAUAAUCCGGACAGCGCGUCAGGCGGGUACAGGGGAGCCGCUGUGGCUGUACAAGGAUGACAAUAUAGACCGCGCGCCGACGUCCGGGGACCACCCGCGCCUGCCGCCCUACAUCGACCCCAUAAAGCUAGACCCACACACCAGGACCGCUCGCAGUUACGACUCGCGUAGCUCAAGACGCGCCGGCGGCACUCACACGUCAACUAGUGGCAGUAGAGACACCGGUGCCACGCAUCCCGGCUACAACCGCAGGAACGCUUAACUUUGUAAUUAACUUCUCUCUUGUCAAAUAAAGAACUACCUUUAAUCUGA